AUGUUAGAGACUCUUAGAUUGGGUGGCAACGGUAGAGUUUUCAGUGUUGGAAAACUUGAGUGGCUUUCCUAUCUUUCUCGUUUGAAAGAGGUUAAUCUCAGUUUCACUAACCUGAGCAAUGCCAAUGAUUGGUCUCUAAUCAUUAACCAUCUUCCUUUGCUUCAAAAACUAAAUCUGAGAGAUUGUGAUCUUCCAAGCAUCUCAUCUUUUUCUGUUUCCCUUACCAACUCUUCUACAUCUCUCAACACUCUCGAUCUCUCUCAUAAUAAUCUCCCUUCUUCUGCCAUAUAUCCAUGUGAUAAUCUUUUUAUAUUAGCAGAAAAUCAAGUUAGGGGCGAUUCUGGGUUGAAUGAAAUCAGAAAAUUACCAGAUAUUAAUAUUCUAGAUCUUGGGUACAACCUUUUAAAUGGAUCCAUAAGCAAAAGGAAUUCUUUUGAUAGUGAUGUCAUUUCCGAAGCUCAUUUCUCAAAUUUCACUUAUUUACGGAACUUGGAUUUAUCGUACACUUCUUUGACUUUAAAAGUCAACACUGGAUGGAUUCUUCCUUUUCAAUUGAGUCAAAGAAAGCAUUGCUCUUGCAAGUUAGGGCCUCGUUUCCCAGAUUGGGUUCGGCCUCAAAGGGACGUCCUAACCCCUCGCUUUUAUAAAUACUCCAAAGAUUACCUUGAUAUUUCUGCUUCAGGAAUUCUAGAUUCUCUUCCCUACUGGUUUUGGGACAAAUUUUGGGGAUUUUCGUACAUAAACAUGUCUUUCAAUCAGAUCAGUGGUACUUUUCCAAAUGCCUCUAUCCACACAAGCCAUCUAGAUCUAAGCUCUAAUAAUUUUUCAGGACCAUUGCAAUGUUUUUCUUUAGACAUUUCAAAAAUGAUGUCCAUUAACCUUUCCAAAAACAAGUUUACUGGUUCAGUCUCUCCAAUUUGCAAUAUUAUCGGUGAUUUGGCAUUGUUUGAUCUCUCAAAUAAUCUAUUUGCUGGAGUGGUUCCAGACUGCUUUGAAAGUUUCCCGUUUUUAACAGCUUUGAAUUUGGGUGAUAAUGGUUUCUCCGGCUCACUUCCAAGCUCUUUAGGAUAUCUGAUUUCUCUUGAAAUGCUCAGUUUACGUGGUAAUAAAUUCUCUGGAGAAUUACCUUCAUCUUUACAGAAUUGUGCCAAGUUAAAAUUUCUGGACUUGAGUGAUAAUGAAUUAUCAAGAGAAAUACCUAUGUGGAUCGGUCAGAAGCUUUCAUCGUUGGUUUUUCUUAGCCUUCAAGGGAACUAG